AUGGCCAAAACUUUGAAAAAGUUGGUUUCAUGUGUUAUACUUGAUCCAGACGGUACACUUCUUAACACCGGAAAAACACCAUUGGAAGCUGCUGCAGCUGUUGUUGAAGAAUAUGGACUUCCUUGUGGGAAGAAUGAAUUUCUUUCUGAACUCUAUCCAGUAUUCUCUGCCCAGUUAUGCAACAUUAAACCUCUUCCAGGUGCCAAUCGGCUACUUAAACAUUUAAGCGGUCAUGGUGUUGGAGAGAUUUUUUCUGUCAUUGUUGGUGGUGAUGAAGUGACAUCAGGGAAGCCUAGUCCUGAAAUAUUCUUGGAAGCUGCUAAAAGGCUAAAUAGAGAACCUUCAAGCUGCCUAGUCAUUGAAGAUUCAAUACCAGGUGUUACUGCUGGUAAGGUUGCUGGAAUGGAAGUGGUUGCUGUGUCAUCUGUUCCAAAACAAACAGACCUUUACACCCCCGUAGCAGAUGAAGUGAUAAACUCUCUGCUGGAUUUGCAACCUGAAAAGUGGGGCCUACCUCCAUUUCCAGAUUGGAUAGAGGGAACGUUGCCUACAGAACCUUGGUAUAUUGGCGGUCCCGUCAUUAAAGGAUUUGGGCGUGGCUCAAAAGUGCUUGGAAUCCCUACAGCCAAUUUGUCAACGGAGGAUCAUUUGAGUCUCCUUUCAGAGCAUCCUUCAGGGGUAUAUUUUGGUUGGGCUGGAUUAUCUACAAGAGGAGUUUAUAAAAUGGUCAUGAGUGUUGGUUGGAACCCAUGUUUCAACAACACUGAAAAGACUAUAGAGCCAUGGUUACUUCAUGAAUUUAAUGAGGAUUUCUAUGGAGAGGAAUUACGUCUUCUCAUAGUUGGCUAUAUACGACCCGAGGUUAAUUUCUCAUCCCUUGAAAGCCUUAUAGCGAAGAUUCACGAGGACAGAAGAAUCGCAGAGAAAGCUCUUGAUCUGCCAUUAUACUCAAAGCACAAGGAUGAUCCGUAUCUAAAUAGUUCUUUGCACAAUGAAAGCAACCAUGCAUGAUCUACCUGAUUUUCAGGUUUCAUUUGGAAAGAAACUUGUGAAAUUAGUUUUGCCUUCUUUCAUGACACAGGUCAAUCCUUACGAGCACAUUGGCCGUCUGUUGUCAUCU